AUGACAUCAGGUGGCAUUGGCAUGACAAUAGAUGGCAAGGGUGUGACAUCAGGUGGCGUUGGCAUGACAACAGGUGGCAAGGGCGUGACAUCAGGUGGCAUUGGCAUGACAACAGGUGGCAAGGGCGUGACAUCGGGUGGCGUUGGCAUGACAACUGGUGGCAGGGGCGUGACCCCCGUUGGCGCUGAUGCCCCCAGCCAGGCGCGCGGCGCGGUCUCUGCCCAGGGGCCGGGCACAAGCGCAGGCCCCGCGGAGGGGGUGGGCGGGGCCGAGUCGGCCGUGCGGGGAGCGAGCGCCCUCUGGCGGGCCCACGCCGACGCCGCAGGCACAGCGCUUCCCAUUACAGGCGCGGCCUGGCCCCGCUCGCCUCCCGUCGCGGCGGAAGUGCGUAGGGGUCAGGUGACCGGAAGCGUUCGGCGGCGACGGGGCAGGGUGAUUCCAGGCAGAAGGGCGAGACCCGGCAACGGAGACAGCGAGCGGCGCGGCCCCGACCUCCUCCUGCCACCUCCAUGUUGCCAUUCUUCCAGCGACAGAAAACGUGAAUGA